AUGCUUUGCACAGUCUGUUGUGAUACUCUUCAGUGGAUUCUAAGCCCUCACUCAAUCCCUCAUGUGAAGCAAGUAUGCACCAUUGAACAAUUCAAACACGAUAGCGGCUUUGGAAACAUCUACCUUCCAACUCAAGAGCAGACUCCUCUAGUGCCUGUCGAUCGACCUCUUUAUAUGUUCAGUCAUCACCCUACUCUGGAGUCCUUUGAGCAGUCUGUCCGCAAUGGCUGUUCUGUCUGUGUUGGCAUGAACUCCCUCGAAAACCUGCCAGACGAUAACCCAAUGAUCGCUGCAUCAGGUCUCUACUCCUUAUUCAAGCACCAGACAAUACGACUUUCCCCCUACAGGGUGUCAUCCAGAAUUUCGUUGUAUAGCUGCAACCAUAGCACGUCAUAUCGUACGACACUUAAUGGAUGGAUUGGGCCACUCGAUAAUUUCAAUGUUAAUCUUAGUCCAUCGACUGGCGAUGAGACCACGUUCCGGCUCAUUGAGGCUUGGCUGAACACAUGCCUUGGAAGCCACAAGGAAUGUGCCAAGGCAGACGCAUUUGUUCCACCACGCCUUCUUCAAGUUGAUGCUGGCGGAAAUUUCCGGCUAGUCUUGAAAGACAAUGUCAAACCUUGGGCUCGAUACGCUAUAUUGACUCACUGUUAUGCUACCGACGAUGGCACGACUCGGCUGAUGCAAUCCACUUUUGAACGAUUCCUUUCCUCUCAGCCUUUGUCAAUUUUACCACCAUCAUACCGCGAUGCAUUCACGGUGCUUCAGCGAAUGGGUCUUCAAUACCUAUGGAUAGAUCGACUUUGUGUUCUUCAGGACAGCAGAUCCGAUUUGGCUGCGCAUGAGAAUGCGAGGAAAGACAUUCAUGCCAACAGCUUCCUUGGUAUCGGUGCAGCUUGGUCAAGCUCUCCAGCUUCUGGGCUCUUCGUCGAGAGAGACCCAGAAUGUGUUGUAGCUAACGACAACCAAUUCUAUACAGCCAACGAUGGAACGAUUAUCCCGCUCAGUGCGAAAUCCCUGGUGCAAAGGAUCAACUUCCUCAAUGAGCCACUCUCUCGAAGUGCGAGUGCGUUAGAAGCGCGAUUUCUCACUCCACGUAUGGUUCAUUUUGGGAGCAAAAUGGUCUUUUGGGAGUGUUAUGGUGCCAUCGCUGACGAGGUUCAUCCUCGUGCCAGGCAUAUCAAUACUGGUUCAGGUCGUGAGAGCGAGAUAGACCUCUUUGGGUCAGACAUUAAGCCACUUCACGGUAUUCAGUAUACGCCGUCGAAUAAUCGAACCGCUCAGAUACUCUCGCAAUGGCGGGCUAUUGUAGAGCAGUAUACUCAAUGCGAAGUGCAACAACAAGACGGUGGCGGCCGGCUCUUGGCGCAUGUGGCCUCCGAAAUCAAGAGACUUCUGGAACAGGAAAGCGUACAGGAGGUGACCUACCUCGCCGGGAUGUGGAAGAAUUUCUUCCCGGCUGAGUUACUCUGGCACUCUAUCCCAAAUGCCACUCGUCGUGUCAGAGAUAGGGCGCCAUCAUGGAGUUGGCUGUCUCUAGAGGCCCCAAUCAGGUACUCAACAAUCCAUUUGGAGAAGGCAAAUGCUAGCCUGCUCUGCGAGUUGAUCAACACUCCCUGUAAUCCAGAUGGAACAAUAUGUAAUAUUGUGCUGAGUGGUAAACUGGCGAUUGCAAUUGUUUCCCCCAAGACAGUCUUGCCCGUUUGCGCUGAGACUGAGACAAUUUUGGAGACCAAGGCGCUGAAGAAUCCGGAUACCGGUGCAAGCAUCGCUGAAGUGCAGGAUUGGGAGUUGAUACAUCAACUCCACUGGUUGGUACACUUUGAUACAAAGGACGAUAUGGAUGUGGGCGAAGUAUUCAUGAUACCAAUUAGCACCGAGCCGGAACGAAGGGAGCGAUGGUGGCAUAUUCGGGGGUUGGCUUUACGCGAACUUGAUGAUGGCAGUUUUAUCCGAUGUGGCUAUUGUUCACUCUCAUCAGACAAUGAAGAGCAAGCGCGAGGUCUUUUCAAGGAAGUCUCCGAUCGUGAGAUUACCAUUAUUUGA